AUUCAAGUCAUUUUGAUUUAAUUAUGGUUCCCUUGUUGUUUUAGUUAUUAUAAAGUUGGUCUAAUUGUGUUUCACUUGUUAAAUUGAAGAAAUCAUGGACAACAAAGUUGUUGGAUUUAUUGGUGCUGGAAAUAUGGCUUUCGCUAUUGCUAAGGGUAUUCUUUCAAGUGGGUUCUUAUCCCCAAAAAAUAUUAUUGCAAGCGCUCGAACUAGAGUAAGGUUAGACACUGUUUGGAAGGAGUUAGGUGUUGCAACCACAACUGACAACAUUGAAGUAGUAAAUCAAGCUGACAUAAUUAUUCUUGCAGUUAAACCUUUUGUAUUAUCUUCUAUUUUGGAUCAGAUAAAAGAUGUUGGUGGUCUUACUAGCAAACUGUUUAUAUCAAUUGCAACCGGUGUUACUCUUGAAACUAUUCAAACAAGACUCUCUGGAUGUAAAGUGAUUCGAACAAUGCCAAACACUCCUUGUCUUGUUCAAUGUGGUGUUGUUCUUUAUGUAUGUGGAUCUCUUUGUUCCAAAGAAGACAGUGAUUUUGUGAAAUUGUUUUUUAAAUGCACAGGUAUAGUUGAAGAGGUUGAUGAAAAUCAUAUUGAUGCUAUGACUUCCAUAAUGGGUUGCAGCAUUGCUUGGUACUACAUGGUUGUUGAAGCAAUGUCAGAUGGAGGUGUAAUGAAUGGUGUACCUAGAGCUGCUGCUUAUAAGUUGGCUGCAAAGUCUAUGGAGGGUGCAGCUAGAAUGUUGCUGGAGACUGGAAAGCAUCCUGGAGAAUUAAAGGAUGCUGUAACUUCUGCAGGAGGGUCAACUAUCCGUGGUGUUAAUGAGCUUGAAGCUUCAGGAAUACGAGGUGCAUUUAUGAGAGCUGUAACAAGCGCAACUCAGAGAAACAUUGAAUUAAGUAGGCUGAAAUAAGAAUUUAACAAAAAGUUUUCACAGUUCAAUAUCAUGUAAGAACUGUAUCAAAGUAUUGCAUGAGCUUAUUUUACAAAAAUGUUUAAAAAUUUAAUUUUUUUUUGCGAACUGAUUUUAUAUAUAUUAGA